AUGGCAUCCUAUGCCAAGGUAAAUGGGAUCACAUGAUUACUGAGAACAGUAAAACAUUAAUGAUCUAUCCAUUUCCUCACCUUGAUGGUCAGAACUGCGGAGUUAGGCAUGAAGAUAUCAAAGCACCUUGCUGAUGCUUUUUUUUUUUCACAAGUUAUUGUCUUGCAGACCAUGCUAACCAAUGAAGAUGCAGUCAUACUGAACUAUCUUUAAGUGAUCCCAUGUCAAGAACAGCUAAGAACUGAUACUAAAUACAAAGUCCAGUCACUUUUAUCUUUACACUGAGACAGCGUAUGGGCCUGAGAAUCUAUGGGCUUUACUACAAGUACACUAGAACAUUAAAAGGUUUAUCGUAUACUAUAGCUCAAGGCCUAACCUAGACAUGAAAAACAUGAAAAUGUAUUAAUGUAACUGGUACCCAGUGUAGCAGCUUGAACUGUAAAUAUGAAAAAAAUCUGUUAUCUGUGACUGUCGCAGGCCUGUAAUAAGACCAUGGCCUACCUGCCAGUCUACCUCCCUGUGCGUACUCUGCCCGUGCACUCAUUGAACAUGAAAAUGUGUUUUGGGGGAGUGAUUCUGGUGGAUACUUUAAAAUCUAGCUAGUGCUACUUUCUCCAACGUUAGCUAACCUAGCUUUAAUACACAGAAAAAGUGAUUCACACAACAUAAUGUAUUAUAAAACAGCUAAAUAAAAGAGCAAAUGGCUAAAAAUGAGCAUUUGAUUGACAGCUCUGUCAAGUUUUAUUAAUGAUCAAAAUGUUCUCAAUAUCAGUACAAACAAACUUUUGCUGGUGGCUGAGCUUCUAUUGAGGUAUUCACAAAGCAGGAUUAAUUAAAUCCAUUAAAAAACGGUGGUAUUUUAUCUCGCAUUUGUCUGUAAAUGUGUUACUAAAUGUUUCUAAUUUAAAUUAGAUUUAACAUUCAAUUUUUUUUAUUUUUUUUAGAAAAACAUUUUAAAACAUGACUUCUCACUCAAUAUUCCACUUUUCACGGUAAGUUUGGAUACAGUGCUGUUGUGUUGGCAGCACCUCCCUCCCUUCCUAGUGCCUCAGGUAAAAGAGGUCGUGCAGUCAGCUGGUAUGACCUCUCUGGGACAAGGGAAUUCAGGGAUGUUGAAUUUCCAAUAAUUUCAAUAUUUACUAAACAGAAUCAAACCUCAAUUACCCCCCAUGAGGUGAUAUUACCACAAUAAACUAAGCUAUUUCUCUUGAUUACAAUGAAUAGAAGGCUGCAUGACAUUAACUGUACUGUAAUUUCACUACAAGUCUGCAUUGGACUGCUACACACACACACACACACACACACACCUACCUGUCUCUUUAUUCGUUCAGACUGGACAGCCAUCAUUGGUAUGUGUCACCUUCCUCUGCUUCCCUUUGUGUAUCAUCCCCUCGCCUCUCCUGUUUCCUGUGUCCCGGCUGGUUGUCAUGACCACCGUUACCAAGGAGAGCGGAGGCUACAGAAGAAAGGAAACCUGAACCACAGAUCUUGAUGCCAUGAUAUUUAAUUCAUCGGCACAAUGAAACCAAGGUUCAAUGUAAUGCAGAUGGAGGGAGAGCGGUAUUGGGUAGAAGGAACAUUUCUGAAUAUGAAGACAAAGAGGGGCUGUCAGAUCCUUCUGUCUGUCUCCUAGGUGUUUAUUUAACAUGAUAAUGUUUCAGCCACAAUUUUGUCAAAUUCAAUUGAAAUGACAUGAAACAAUUAUGAUUAAACCAAAAAAAUCAGUGUUGGUCAAGCGUCAGAAUUCAGGGUUUUGUAAUUUCCUUUGUUCAGAUGACACUGCUUACAAUCAAACAAUACACUUUUUUUUUUUUUUUGGCCUGUGUAUUUCUCUUGUGGCUUUUCAGCAUUUCAACCACACAGUCAUCGUUACAGAAAAAAAACAAUGUCCCCUUCUGUGAAGCUGUUUCUCCCUUUUACUGCAGACAAAAAGGGCAAGUGAAAGCUAAUUUUUGUGAAAGCUCCUGUUUAAAAUACAGGAGUUUGUGUGGUAUGAAGCAAUACAAAGUGUGUAAUCCUCAUUGUAGAGGCCCCCAUGUUGUCUUUGUGCUAACUGAUCCACCUACAGACAGCACUCCAUCCUCGUCCAUCCCUCCCUACCUCCUUUUGUUGUCUCACCCUCUUUUGCCCUCUCCCUCCCUCCCUCCUGCAUCACUGGAUUUUUUUCUUCCUGGGGUUCAGUGUUGCUUUCGCAGGUUAGACUGUCAACAGCGGUACUGAAGAGGGAGUGAACUGAUGCUGUAUUUACCCAGAAGUCUGACUAUGCUGCCCUGAUUUGUUAUUUAUACCCUUAUUGGAACUAAACUGACCCAUUUGGGCUGCGUUGCUAGCAAACGAAGCGGUUGGGGGGAGGGUGAAGCCGAGCAGCAGCUGAAGUGAAGUGGCCUCGUCAAGGCUUUGGACCCCAGCGCUGUUUAUUGUCAACAAGGAGACACUUAAGCUGGCAACAGCAGCAGUGUCUGAUGAGUUCUGCUGGCUGUUUUCCUCUGGAAAUCUUUUUUAAAUUAGAUACACGGAUUUGAAAACCUGUCUCCUGCGAAGUUUGAUGUGGAUUCUUGGAAAAACCUGCUCAAAUAAGUAACUGGAAUAAAAGCUCAUUGUUCAUCUCUACAGGAUGUUUGUUUAAUUUAUUCCGUCAGGACUAAACACUGGAUUUUUGUUGACCAAGAGGUAAAAAGCUACGCCGAUUUUUAUUCUGUGUAAUCAAGCGUCACUAUUUCAACCUGGCUGUGACAGGAUACACUCUUAGCAGCAUCAGUGGCCUUGAAUCCAAGUAUCAGGUUAUAUCAGCCUGAUCCAUCUAGGUAAGGCUACACCAAACCAGAAGUGUAACACUGAAAUACACUGCAGCUCAACAACUGGCUUCCUGGGUUUGAUCCAGAGCUGAAGCCAAGAAAACCACUUCGACAAAAAAAAAAAAAAAAAAAAAAAAAAAGCCUGGCUGAGAUCCAUUUCAUCCACAAGGCCUGGACCGUGAAGCCUGAUCAAUCCAGUGUCUGCGGGCUGCCACAGGUGACUGCACAGCUAUCGGCUACUCAAUAAUGCAUUGACUCAAACUCAGGAAUGAAAAGGAGGAGAAAGUGUGUGAGCCUCUGAUCCUUUGGAAAGGUGGAUGACUGUCAAGAGAAAGCGAGCGAUUACUUAUAACGCGGUGAAUUGAGGACACGUGGAAGUGAAAACAGUGAGCAGAUGUUGAAGAGUAAAAGAAAGAGAGAAGAAAAUGGCUGCUGACAAAGUGACAUUGGGGCAAAGACCGUAGGAAGCUUGGCCAAGCCAGACGGGAAGGGAACAAGUAAACCAAAAAACUAGACUUUGAAGACCAAAAAUUAAGAUAAAUAAAAUAAGAUUUCCCCAAAGAGGCAACUGUAGUAUACAAAGAGGAAUCAAACAAAGGAGGUCAUCAUGGUGAACACUGGCAUGCAGCUGAUCAGCUUCACCUGCGCAGUGACUGGCUGGAUCAUGGCGAUCGCUGUCACGGCGUUGCCUCAGUGGAAGGUCUCGGCCUUCAUCGGCAGCAACAUCCUGACUUCAGAGAUCAAGUGGGAAGGCAUCUGGAUGAACUGCAUCUACCAGACCACUGGUCACAUGCAAUGUAAGACAUACGACUCCAUGCUGGCCUUGCCUCCAGACAUCCAGGCGGCCCGCGCCCUCAUGUGUCUGGCCAUCUUCAUGGGCUGGCUCUCCUGCACCGUGUCCUGCUGCGGCAUGAAGUGCACCACGUGCGCCGGGGAUGACCGCCGGGCCAAGGCGGGUAUCGCGCUCUCAGGCGGGGUACUCUUCAUUCUGACUGGCCUGUGUGUGCUGAUUCCCAUCUCCUGGACUGCUAACACCGUUGUCCAGGAUUUCUACAACCCCAACGUGCCCUUGAUGCACAAGAGAGAGCUGGGUCAGGCUAUUUAUCUGGGCUGGGCAGCUGCGGUUAUUCUUAUGAUCAGUGGAGCUGUGUUGAGCAGUACCUGCCCCCUCAUGGAGAGGGACGGCAGGUACCGCAGGGGGUACAUAGGCCGGAGCUUUGCUAAUUCACCAGCUUCAGCACCAGAUCCCCCAAAACCUAUUACAUGUAAUAGUCUACCAUUAAAGGAGUACGUAUAGGAGGAAGAAGGAACACCAGCAGGUGGAGAGGGAGGAAGUUAAAGAGCUGAUGCUGUUAAAAACUGUGUUUCCUAAAUUUACUGUCUCAAGUUUUAAGUCUGCGAAUUUAAGCGAUAAAUUGAAAUCUAUAUAUUUGUUAAUAUAUUCAGUCUAUAUUUUGCUUAUUUUGUAUAUCUCUUUGUAAUGUUAAACUUGUCUUCAGAACUUAAAAACAUUCACGUUUGUUUGAAAUUUGACUUUUACUGCA